AUCUUGGAUGAUGGAGGAGAUCUCACUCACUGGAUUUACAAGAAAUACCCCAACAUGUUUAAGAAGAUCAAGGGGAUAGUAGAGGAGAGUGUGACUGGUGUCCACAGGCUGUACCAGCUGUCCAAGGCAGGGAAACUCUGUGUCCCAGCCAUGAACGUCAACGACUCGGUCACAAAGCAGAAGUUUGACAACCUGUACUGCUGCAGGGAGUCCAUCCUGGAUGGCCUUAAAAGGACAACAGACAUGAUGUUUGGAGGGAAGCAGGUCGUGGUGUGUGGCUAUGGGGAGGUUGGCAAGGGCUGCUGUGCUGCUCUGAAGGCCAUGGGCUCCAUCGUCUACGUCACCGAGAUCGAUCCCAUCUGUGCCCUCCAGGCCUGCAUGGAUGGAUUCAGGCUGGUGAAGCUCAAUGAAGUCAUCAGGCAGGUUGACAUCGUCAUCACCUGCACAGGUAACAAGAACGUGGUGACCAGGGAGCACCUGGACAGGAUGAAGAACAGCUGCAUUGGCUGCAACAUGGGGCACUCCAACACCGAGAUCGACGUGGUGAGCCUGGCACAGGGGCAGGGCAGGGGGCAGGGGCAGCCUGGGACCCUUCUGCUAAAGUGGCUGAUCCACGUGGCUGCAGCAAGCAGCUGA